AUGACAUUUCUCACGGUUGUUUCAUCACGAGACCUUCAGUUUCGAAUGGCCGCCAUCUUUGCCAGGAGGUGUUAUGUAUACGUGUUUACGUUUUGUCUUUUAGCGGCUUACAAGUUCGUUACCUUCGUAGAAUGUGAGGGGCGCCUGACCGGUAUAAGUCCCGUCGAUAGUUCAGGUGCGAUCAAGAAUGGCGCUGUUGAAAUAAAAGCCGAAACUUCGACGUUGUUGAGGUUCUAUGGUGUUAACAUUUCGCGGGAUUCACGCAUUGCGUUUACUUCCACCCCGGGAAAAGUUAACUCUGUUUGCGAUGGUGAUCGCACAUCUCCUGUAUCUUUCAAGCAAAAUGACUUUCAGGACUACAAAGCAGAAGGUGAAGUAAUCGUGCCAGCUGGAGGACCUUAUUACGUCUGUCUACAGGCGAAUGGAGGCCAAAUAUGGAGACACCAAGGCGAUACAGACAAGCUGCUUCAGAUUUAUACUACCACCAGUACAACAUUACCCACAUGGUUGCAAAUAGUAUUCAUCGUGAUUCUAAUGUGCUUAUCAGGCUUGUUUUCAGGGCUCAACCUCGGCUUAAUGGCGCUAGAUCCAACCGAGCUUAAAAUUGUUAUGAACUGUGGCAAUACAAGCGAGCAAGGUUACGCCAAAAUCAUCGAACCGAUUCGAAGACACGGUAAUUAUCUCUUAUGUACGCUGCUUCUUGGCAAUGUUUUAGUGAAUACUUCGUUUACAGUUCUGUUAGACGGCAUAAUUGGUGAUGGAAUCGCUGCGGUGCUUGGUUCCACGGCUGGUAUUGUAAUAUUUGGUGAGAUAAUUCCCCAGAGCCUUUGUUCAAGACAUGGUUUGGCUGUUGGGGCUAGGACCAUCUGGAUCACGAGAUUUUUCAUGCUAGUGACGUUUCCUAUCUCCUUUCCAAUAAGCAGGAUCUUGGAUUGGAUACUAGGGGACGAGAUUGGUACAGUGUAUAAUAGGAAACAGCUCCAGGAGAUGCUGAAAGUCACUGCAGAGUUUAAUGACUUGGAAGGUGAUGAAAUGAAUAUCAUUUCAGGGGUGCUCAACUACAAAAGUAAAACUGUGGAAGAGGUGAUGACGAAGCUGGAAGAUUGUUACCUGCUGGACUUGUCAUCGGUCCUUGAUUUUAGAACUAUUGCAAGUAUUAUGCAAUCAGGACAUAGUAGGAUUCCGGUCUAUGAUGGUGAAAGACAUAACAUUGUGGGUUUGCUUCUUGUAAAGGAUUUGGCUUUCAUUGAUACAGAUGACUGCACUCCCUUGAGGACAGUUAUAAAAUUUUACAAUCAUCAGGUGCAGCGAGUUUAUGAUGAUGUUCAUUUGGAUGCAAUGUUAGAAGACUUUAAAAAGGGGCAUUCACAUUUAGCAGUGGUGCAGCGCGUUAACAGUGAGGGAAGUGGCGACCCUUUCUAUGAAGCUAUUGGCAUUGUUACUUUGGAGGACAUCCUAGAAGAAAUAAUCCAGUCUGAAAUAGUCGAUGAGACUGACAUCUAUUGUAAGUAUAGUCUGGAAUUAUCAGCAUCAUGAAAGUAAUAGUUAUGUGAACAGCAUCAGUAUUUUAAGUUUGGAUAGUGUGUCUGUGUUUCAUGGUGAUGUGACAAUACCAUAGUCCACAGGAUGCAUCUUUAGACUGACUGAAAGUGUAAAUUAGAAAAAAAGUGAGGAUGGUACAUGAUCUGUUUUACCUCUAUUCUACUAUCAUGCUGAAGUGAAAUGAGUUGCAAAAAGUCCGUUACACUGUAUGUGAGGGAAUGUUCUUAUAUUUAUUGCAUUCUUUUGUACUGCUGUAUAUUGUGACUUUUAUUUCACUCCAGAUUAACUUUGUUGAUGAAUAGAGGUAAAAAAGUGCACCUUUUUCCAUUGUCAUCUUAGUUUUUAUCUACACUACAAUGUUAAUAUGGUUACAAAGAUGCAGUGCAUUUUUAGAGUUUGUUUGCUUAAAUGCUUUUUACUCUCAGUACAUGAAGACUGUGGAAAACCACAUUGUGCCUUAUUUUAAAUAAUUCAGUAACUGGAGGUCCUGUGUGCUUCUUGAGAUGAAUAAUAGAUAUUAGAAAAUGGAAGGAGAUAGAGAGAUAUUAAUUUACAAACACUGUUAAGUGGCCUUGAAUGACGUGCUACUAUUGUUUUUAUACAGAAGCACAAUCUUCUUCAGUUUUCUGGCAUACAGUACACUUCUUUUGUAUCUGUUUAGGUUUUUAAUAUAUAUUGUCAGUUGGCUUGUGACAUCCACUUUGUUGUUUGUGUUGCAUACUUUUAUGAUAUCUUUAAGAUUUUACAUAGAGUCAUGUAGGUAAAACAAGUUCAUGGAUUUCUUCAAUAUUAUAAUGUACAGUAUAAUAUCACAACAGAAUGCUUUUUAUUUAUCAUCUUCCCAAAUGCUACCCCCUCAUACAGAUUUUAAAUUUAAAAAUUUACGUAGUGUUUCAUUCACUGGAACAGCUUAAUGUUUCCAGUGUUUUCUGUUUUAUGAUUCUGAUAUUUUGUCUCU